CGGUGCCGGCCCCGGGACUACAAGUCCCAGGAGCGCCGUCGCCGCCUGCGCAGUGCCGCGCCCGCCCGGGCCGCAGCGGGAGCCGCCGGGGCGCUGGCCGGGGAAGCGAGAGGGAAGGCGGGCAGCCGAGGAGAGACGGAGCCGCGGAGGGGCUGUGGCACCAUGGUGAAGCUGGACAUCCACACGCUGGCCCACCACCUGAAGCAGGAGCGGCUGUACGUGAGCUCGGAGAAGGCGCUGAUCCAGCGCCUCAACGCCGACGUGCUGAAGACGGCGGAGCGGCUCUACCGCACAGCCUGGAUCUCCAAACAGCAGCGCAUCAACCUCGACAGGCUCAUCAUCACCAGCGCUGAAGCUUCUCCUGCUGAAUGUUGCCAGCACGCAAAAAUCCUGGAGGACACACAGUUUGUGGAUGGGUACAAGCAGUUGGGAUUCCAGGAGACUGCUUACGGAGAAUUCCUGAACAGACUGAGGGAGAACCCCAGGCUGAUUGCAUCCUGCCUGGUUGCUGGAGAGAAGCUCAACCAGGACAACACCCAGAGUGUCAUUCACACAGUCUUCACCUCCAUCUAUGGCAACUGCAUCAUGCAGGAGGACGAGAGCUACCUGCUGCAGGUGCUGCGGUACCUGAUUGAGUUUGAGCUGAAGGAAAGCGACAACCCCCGGCGGCUGCUGAGACGAGGCACCUGUGCCUUCAGCAUCUUGUUCAAGCUCUUCUCUGAAGGACUCUUUUCUGCAAAACUUUUUCUUACUGCUACCUUGCAUGAGCCGAUCAUGCAGCUUCUGGUUGAGGAUGAAGACCACCUGGAGACCGAUGCAAACAAGUUAAUUGAGAGAUUCUCCCCAGUACAGCAGGAAAAGUUAUUUGGAGAGAAAGGCACAGAAAAGUUCAAGCAGAGAGUCCAAGAGAUGGUUGACUCCAACGAGGCCAAGCUGGUGACCCUGGUCAACAAAUUCAUUGGCUAUCUCAAACAAAACACGUACUGUUUUCCCCACAGCUUGAGGUGGAUUGUGUCGCAGAUGUACAAAACGCUGUCGUGUGUGGACAGGCUGGAGGUUGGCGAGGUCAGAGCCAUGUGCACAGAUCUCCUUCUGGCCUGCUUCAUCUGCCCUGCCAUCGUCAACCCGGAGCAGUAUGGCAUCAUUUCUGAUGCUCCUAUCAAUGAGGUGGCAAGAUUUAAUCUUAUGCAGGUUGGGAGACUUCUGCAGCAGCUGGCAAUGACAGGCUCUGAGGAGGGAGAUCCACGUAUGAAGAGCAACCUUGCUAAAUUUGACAAAAGCUGUGUUGCUGCUUUCCUGGACGUGGUGAUCGACGGGCGCGCGGUCGAGACUCCGCCGAUGUCGGCUGUGAACCUGCUGGAGGGGCUGAGCCGCACCGUGGUGUACAUGACCUACAGCCAGCUCACUGCCCUGGUUGGCUUCAUGCGGAACGUGAUGUCAAGCGAUCAGCUUAAGGAAGAUCGGAUGGCUUUGGAAAACUUGCUGGCAAAUUUACCCCAGAACAAACCAGGGAAAAGCAGCAGCCUAGAAAUGACUCCAUAUAACACCCCCCAGCUGUCUCCUGCAACUACUCCAGCCAACAAAAAAAACCGGCUGCCCAUAGCCACUCGAAGCAGAAGUAGAUCAAACAUGCUAAUGGACCAGCAUGGAGAUCAUGAAGGAUCCUCCCAGGAGACUAUUCCUGAAGUGCAGCCAGAAGAAGUGCUGGUGAUUUCUUUGGGGACAGGUCCACAGAUUACUCCAGGAAUGAUGUCAGAAAAUGAGGUGUUAAACAUGCAGCUUGCAGAUGGCGGGCAGGGCGAUGUCCCCAUCGACGAGAACAAGCUCCAUGGCAAACCUGACAAAACCUUGCGCUUCUCCCUCUGCAGUGAUAAUCUGGAAGGAAUAUCUGAAGGCCCUUCCAAUCGCUCCAACUCGGUGUCCUCCCUGGAUCUGGAGGGGGAGUCGGUGUCGGAGCUGGGCGCGGGCCCCUCGGGCAGCAACGGCGUGGAGGCUCUGCAGCUGCUGGAGCACGAGCAAGCCACCACUCAGGAUAACCUGGAUGACAAGCUCCGUAAGUUUGAAAUCCGUGACAUGAUGGGUUUGACUGAUGACAGAGACAUUUCAGAAACUGUGAGUGAAACCUGGAGCACAGAUGUCUUGGGAAGUGACUUCGACCCCAACAUCGACGAGGACCGGCUGCAGGAGAUCGCAGGUGCAGCUGCAGAGAACAUGCUAGGCAGCUUGCUGUGUUUGCCAGGUUCAGGAUCCGUGUUGCUUGAUCCCUGCACAGGUUCAACCAUAUCAGAAACCACAAGUGAGGCGUGGAGUGUGGAAGUAUUACCAAGUGAUUCAGAGGCUCCAGAUUUAAAACAGGAGGAGAGGCUCCAAGAGCUGGAGAGCUGCUCUGGGCUGGGUAGCACGUCUGAUGACACAGAUGUGAGGGAGGUCAGCUCUCGGCCCAGCACGCCCGGCCUGAGCGUUGUGUCAGGUAUUAGUGCAACAUCUGAAGAUAUUCCUAACAAGAUUGAGGACCUCAGGUCUGAAUGUAGCUCUGACUUCGGGGGCAAAGAUUCUGUGACAAGUCCUGACAUGGAUGAAACAGCCCAUGGAGCCAGUCAGUUGACAUCUCCUCCUUCUCAGACAGAUUCUUUGCUUGCGUUGUUUGACCCUCUGUCCUCAAAUGAGGGCGUGUCAGCUGUAGUAAGGCCUAAAGUGCACUAUGCAAGACCCUCUCAUCCACCUCCAGACCCACCCAUCCUGGAGGGAGCCGUGGGAGGUAACGAGGCCCGGCUGCCAAGCUUUGGUUGCCACGCCUUGGUGCCGGCGGAGCUGGAAGCCUUCAAGCAGAGACACUCGUACCCCGAGAGGCUGGUGCGCAGCAGGAGCUCAGACAUCGUGUCCUCGGGCAGGAGGCCCAUGAGUGACCCUGGCUGGAACAGACGGGCUGGGAACGAGGACAGGGAGCUGCCCAUGGCCUCCAGCAGCACCGGGCCGGCGGCGCUGGCGGCCGCCUCUCAAUCCUCAUCUUCAUCUCCCAGCAAGGACUCCUCCAGGGGAGAGAUUGAGGAACGGAAAGACAGUGAUGAUGAGAAGUCUGACAGGAACAAGCCCUGGUGGAGGAAACGUUUUGUGUCUGCCAUGCCCAAAGCUCCUAUUCCAUUUAGGAAGAAAGAAAAACAAGAAAAAGACAAGGAUGACAUGGUGCCUGACAGAUACGCAACGCUUCAAGAUGAUCCCAGCCCAAGGCUCAGUGCACAGGCACAAGCUGCUGAGGACAUUCUGGACAAGUACAGGAAUGCAAUCAAGAGAACGAGUCCCAGUGAAGGAGCCAUCGUGAACUAUGACAGUGCAGAGGCAAUUGGGGAUGGUGAGAGCAUGCACGACUCCCCGCGGGAUGAGGCUUUGCAGAACAUGUCUGCAGACGACCUCCCCGACUCUGCAAGUCAAGUAGCACAGCCACAAGGUUCUGCUUUCUCCUAUAGGGAUGCAAAGAAGAAAUUGAGAUUGGCUCUUUGUUCAGCAGAUUCUGUUGCCCUCCCAAUGCUGACACAUUCAACAAGGAAUGGUCUCCCAGACCACACAGACCCUGAAGAUAAUGAAAUUGUGUGCUUCUUGAAAGUUCAGCUGGCUGAAGCCAUCAACCUGCAGGACAAGAACCUGAUGGCACAGCUGCAGGAGACGAUGCGCUGCGUGAGCCGCUUCGACAACCGCACCUGCCGCAAGCUGCUGGCCUCCAUCGCCGAGGACUACAGGAAAAGAGCUCCGUAUAUCGCGUACCUGACGCGCUGUCGCCAAGGCCUGCAGACCACACAGGCACACCUGGAGAGGCUCCUGCAGAGAGUCCUGAGAGAUAAAGAAGUGGCCAACAGGUACUUCACUACAGUCUGUGUGAGGCUACUGCUGGAGAGCAAGGAGAAGAAAAUAAGGGAGUUCAUUCAAGAUUUCCAGAAACUCACGGCAGCAGAUGAUAAAACGGCCCAAGUGGAGGAUUUUCUGCAGUUCCUGUACGGGGCUAUGGCUCAGGAUGCCAUCUGGCAGAACGCCAGUGAGGAGCAGCUCCAGGAUGCACAAUUAGCCAUAGAGCGCAGUGUGAUGAAUCGCAUUUUCAAACUCGCCUUCUACCCUAAUCAGGAUGGAGAUAUUUUGCGUGACCAGGUCCUUCACGAGCACAUACAGAGGUUAUCCAAAGUAGUGACUGCAAACCACAAGGCACUUCAGAUACCUGAGGUGUAUCUGCGGGAGGCGCCCUGGCCGUCGGCGCAGUCCGAGAUCCGCACGAUCAGCGCCUACAAAACGCCCCGGGACAAGGUGCAGUGUAUCCUGAGGAUGUGCUCCACCAUCAUGAACCUGCUCAGUCUGGCCAACGAGGACUCCGUCCCUGGGGCAGAUGAUUUCGUUCCUGUUCUGGUCUUUGUUCUCAUAAAGGCAAACCCCCCUUGCCUGCUGUCCACUGUGCAGUACAUCAGCAGUUUCUAUGCCAACUGUUUGUCUGGAGAGGAGUCCUACUGGUGGAUGCAGUUCACGGCAGCCGUGGAGUUCAUCAAAACUAUCGAUGACCGCAAGUAGCUCGCACAGCACGGGCAGACUGAGCAGGAGAGGAGUUUCUAAGAAUGUACAACAGCUGCAAAAGCUGAAGAAAAGACUUUCCUUGUAAAAUACUGUACAGAAUUGAGGCAUUUUAAAACACACCUUUACUAAUCUAAUUAAUUUAACAGAUUUUCCUCUUCUCUUUGGGUUGCGUUUUCCUCCCCUCUAGAUACUGGCACUGCAAAAGGGACCACAGUUUUCAGGUAUUUUGGAAUCUCAAAACAUUCAGAAUUCUUCAUGCUUUCUCCACCACCCCUCUUCCUGAAUUCUUAUUCACGUGAAUAAUUCACUUCAUUUAAUUUCUAACGAAAAACUGAAACAGGAGGAAACAGGGCAGCCACAUAGUAAACUUUCUAGAUGAAUACACCUUUUAUUAAAGAAACACCAGCCACACUGAAAGUUUGUAGUAGCUGACAUCAGUUAUUGGUUGUAUUUCACCUGAAUUUAAAAUCUGAGAGGACAGUGUAAAUAUUAUAUAACUAUAUUUAAUGCAUUGCAAGUAUCUUUGGACUUACUAUCCUUUGAAUAAACAAGCAGAAGCCUCUCUGACCUCUAACAGGUUGUGACCUACCAUGUUUUGGUGACAAAAGGACUUCCUCAAAAGGCUAAGAUUUAAAAAGGGCAAACUGAAUUAUUUAUUAAGAUGUAAUUACUGAAAUUUCUAAAACUGGAAUUUAUAAUAGGGCUUAUUAGCUAGCUGAACACUUCUUGGCUAGGGCAUUAGGGUGUUACAGAGGUUUGAAUAUAUAGAGGAGAGGGACUGUAAGUUACAAUAGAAAAGUCUAAUAUAAAAGGAGAAAUAAAAUACCUUACUGUAAUAUUUUUUCUGAGCUAUUGUGUAUACUGUACAAACCCCAAACAGAGAUCCUUAACAGAACCUUGGGCUGUAAUAUAUAUUUUGAUUAGUGACAUUAAAUACAUAUGCCAGGGGGUUCAGUGAAUGUUUUUACUAAAUGUUCUUCGUGUUGUCUGCUAUGCAGCAGUGCAAGUUUUACUGUUCAUAAAAAAUAUUUUAAAAUAAUAUAACACUGUUCUUUAUGAAACAUAUCAUGGCAUCAGUUCAGGGUGUUUUAUAGAUUUCUCACCCCGCCUUCCCCUUAAACUGACAGUUAUCAAUUUAAGGAGGUUUUUAUGCACAACACCAUGUGGUUUUUUCAUGAGUGAAGUGGUCUGGGGCAUGUUGGCUGUAUAUGAGCACUCGCUGCUCUUUUUCAGCUUCAAUGCACUGAAAAAGGACAGUGAGCACUGAACUUUUUCAUGUCAGUAUUAUUUCUUGCUCUUUCCAGAGUGUUCAUUGCACUUCUGACAGAGGGAUGUGGUAAGACUUGGUGUCUGUGAUUGGUAAAGAAAACAGAAUCUUUCUCACAUUCUUUCAAAACACGAUUGGUUCAUUUUUGUGUGUGUGUGCAUUUUGGUGAUUAAAACCUGUAAGCAACAGUACUGGGGAAAAUCAUGUGGUCAAUUGGAAUUGGAGCAAUUUAUGUAAAGCAUUGAGUGCUUGAUUUGGCUGUGCUUGUCAAGGCAUAAUCAGGAAACUUACUUUUUAGGGCUCUCAGAUAUAACUCAGUUGAGCAGUUUUGCCAAGCUAGUCACAGGUGAGAAGGUGGGAUGGUAACCUUUUCCUUUUCUCUAUAGUCUUUCUCCUCUAUUAGAGACUCAGUUGUGUGGAGGAGCAAUACUCAGUCAAAACAGAAUUCUUCUGAUCUGCCUUACUCGGUGUCUCAGUCUGUGUAGCAUUGCAAUAUUCUGGUUAUUUAGCCUUGAUGGGUUUUUGGUGCUGAACAUGUAAUUCAAUAUUGCAAGCACAGCCCUGCAGCAAAGCACAAACAUGCCCUUGAAGAUAUGGCCAGAUCAUAUCAAAAAGCAAUAUAAAUUCAUUUCUAUUGAAGUGUCCUGUAAUAUGUAAUUAUUACUUGAAUAUCCACGAUGUUAAGACUGAUGUGUGAAAGUUCUGCAGUUUGGGUGUUGGUUGAUGAGAGUAUCUGUGGGAUCCCUGAAGAAGGCACAAGGACACAGGAGGUGCUGAUCACCCCCCGUGCUGCCCCUCUGUGCUGGCCUGGCUCACAGGGUUUGGUCAGCACCAUCAGGGCUUUCAGGUUCACUCUCCUUUAUGGAAGGGGCAAGAACCAUUUCCUUCACAGCUUUUAUCACUUGGUUUCUCUGCAUAGAAAAAUACUUAAAAGAACUGGAGUCUUUUUUUAAAAGUUACUUAGUUAUUUUAAAACCAGUAUGUGUUUCAGUGAGCCCCCGGUGAGCUGAGAGUUUUUGUAGCAAGAUGGUCCUUUGCUUCUUUUUUCCAGCCUACUCUAAAGGUCCUUUAUUAGUCUUGAUAGGUGUAGUUAGAGAAUUAGGCUUUCCAAAGAAUUAAAAACCUUCCUGUAAUGUCCUUUUACUGCUUUCCCCUGCGCCCCUGUAAUGUUUUGUUUUAAAAUGCUAAAUUCCGUGUCUAGGAAGUGAUGUUGUUAGGUUUGAUGUGCAAUAGCCAAGGUGGAAAGACACUGCAUAAAGGACCAAAAGUAGCAGAACUGCUGCCAAAAGGUGCCAGCCACGAGCCUGUGUUGUAAUCUCGGUGCUUUAUUCUGUGAAUUUCACUACUUGAGCCACUGGAGGAGGAGUGGAACAUUUUGGGCAAAGUGGAGCAGGGCAGGGGCCUUGGUACCAGGUCACAGUGUGCACUUCAGGCUUGGCCGUUGUCUCAGCACUGAUCUUGGCAGGUUCUGAGGAGCUGCCACGUUAAACAAUGGCAUGUCUGUGCCUGGGAAUGCUGCAGAGGUGCUGGUUUCCUUUUUGGGCAGAGGAGGGAAAGGAAAGUGCUGGGGAUUUCAUCUCUAGGAGAUUCCUUUGUGCUCCUAAGUGAGAUUUCUCUUUAAACUUUUUUAAAUCCUCUUUAAGGAGAAUCAGAAUGUGUCUGGCCUAUCAAGGAUUUGAGUUUAAAAGUUUUUGUUUUGAAGACCUUUUACUACCAAAUGCUGAAUGUAACUGCCAUAAACUUCAGGAAAAAAAGCCACGAGCACGAUGCUGUUUCCUGUGGGUGAGUCUGGUGAGCACAGUGUUGGUUUGUAUUGCUUGAAAAUGUUCUUGUUCUGUUAAGCCAAAUUCUCACAGAACUGGAGAGCUCACUGCCGUGGGAAUGGGCUUGGGGGAAGGGGGCAGGAGAGGGGGCAGAGCUGCUGGCAGCAGAGCUGUGUGUUGGCACGAGUGAGUCAGUGUGCCUGGAGAGCUGGAGCAGCAAAGGCAGUGGGGACGGAGGGGGAGGGAUGCUCCUGCCUGGGUACAGCUGGGGACGUGGCUGAGCCUGUACUACUUGAGAAUUAACCUCUGCUCAGUUAGUAGUGUGUGUUCUGUACCUUUUAAUUGUGCUUUACCUCUAUUGAAAAGCUUUGUACUGCCUCUCCUCUUUGGUAAAGCCUUUAUAAAUCUAAAUUAACGAGCUUGCACAAUCUUGUAUACAGGAACCCCAUCUUGUCUCUUAACGUGAUUAUUAAUGUAUUAUUCUGUAAAACCUGAUUAAAAGGAGAGCAGUUUAA